AUGACAGUUCUUUCUUCGCAAUACCCAUACCCAACGGUGUUUGGCUCGAACGGACUCGUUGAGUCAUACAAAGAGUUCGCCCCAACACAUGCUAUUCCUGAAAAGACGAGGAAGAACGAAAUCCAGAGUGUGCUAAAUAGAAUUACCAGCACACCGGGGUUUGACCCAACGAUGAACUUCGAUCCUUCUAAACACCUCAUCUUCGAUCCAAAGUCUUACGACACCACCAAAACUUUCACCUUAUCCGAGCUUAAUAUUAACAAAACGCAUGUUCCGAAAGUGACGGAUUUUGGUGCCGCUUAUCCUUUCCCGCUGCUCAGCGAAGAAGCCGUCAACAUGAUCCUUUACGAGGCAAUGCAGUCCCAUAUCAUCGACAAGUACGCCAGGUUGCCAAACCUUGCUACAAAUGCUACCCGAUUGGACUUUCACAUCGGCGGGCAUGCAGCCGAAGAUGCUCCAUUUACCAAGGCUGUCGUGAACUCCCCAGAAAUUGCUGAAAUUGUCUCAACUUUCUUUGGAACCCCCAUGGAACCUAUCUACAAUUCUGAAACCGCACACAUGAAUGUCAGCUUGGCAACAAUGGACGACGAGGAGUCGAAGGCUUACCCACAAACCGAGUCAGAAAUCAAAGAGAUGCUUGCAAAGCAGGACGCUGGAGACGGAGAUGAGAUUCCCUCCUCUCUUGGGCUCCACUAUGACUCAACCACAGUUGCAUUGGUCAUUAUGAUGGACCUACCAGAAGAAGCCGUCGGUGGACAGACCACUAUCUUGACAGGUAACGAGAAAACCGUUAGGGUUCCUGAACCUAAGAUUGGCUACGCCACAAUGAUUCAAGGUAGAGUCUUAAAACAUUUAGCCUCUAAACCAGUGACCAACCACAACCGAAUCACGUUUGUCAAUGGUUUUGCUGCAGCUGGUGCCGAAAAGCUUGAUAAUACUGCACUUACGUCGACAAAACCAUCUGUUUUACCCAGAGCACGGUUUGACCUUUUCUACAAGGAUUGGGUUGACUACAAAUUCCGCAGAUUAGAAGCACAUUUAAAAUACGUCAGAGAAAAGGUGGUAGAGGACUACGAAGCUGGCAAAGGAUUUAAUCAAGAAGCAUUUGUUGGAAAAUGCAUGGACAUUGAAGAAUACUUCCGUAAGUGCUACGAUGAGAUGGAGUGCGUCAACAACCCUCCAUAUCCUCCACCACACUUCAAGAUACCAUACGAGGAUCUUCCAUAA